AUAGUUUAUGCAGAAGGAAGGCAGGAUGUGAUUCAUGUUUCAUAAAGACCAUUCUGGUCUCUAUACGGAAAAGAGAAACAGGUGUGGAAAGGGGAAAUGGGAACCCCAGUUAACAGGCUACUACAAUAACUCAGGUGAGGAAUGAUGAAUGCUCAGACAAGAGCAGUCAUGGCGACAUCAGUGAGGUAGUGAGAUUCUGAAUAUUUUGAAAGUAGUUACCAGGAUUUACUAAUAUGGGUAGUGAACCAUGAUGGGAAGAGAGAAGUCAAGAGAACGUCCAAGAUUUUGGCCAGAGGAACUAGAAAGUGGCAGUUGCCACUUAGAGAGAUCAGAAGGCCUGAGGGAGGGGCAGGUCUGGGUGGAGAUCAUGCCGUUCAUUUAUCUGCUGCAUGACUCUGGGUACGUUGGUUUACCACUCUGGACCUCAGUAUCCUCAUCUUUACGAUGGUUAUAAUAAUGGCAAUGAAUUCACAGGAUUGGCACAUGUGCAGACUCAGUGUAUGUCCCGCCCAUGCUCCAGGGAUGGCCCAUGGCCAACACAUCUGCUAGGGAAGCACCCGGAAGGAGAGGAACACUAUGUCAAUAAAUCUGUGCUCUAGCUCCUCUCCCCUGCUUCCUCCAGGCAGAAGUGGGACAGGCAUGUUUGUUAUUUGUUUUUUUUCUUCAAGGUCUUUGACAGUUUUAGACAAGUCAUGGUACUAAUGGAGACUGGCGGUGGGAUGUGGAUAAAUGUUAUUCUCAAGGAUGUGAAGCUUCCAAAACCCUUUGAUGGCCAUUAUCUCUUCUGAGUCCAGAAAGGCCAAAAGUAGACCCAUUUUAGGAAGUAGGAGGACGAGGUAUUUAAAAACAAAACCAACCCAGGCUGUCUCUGUAUCAAGAUAUCUCUGGGUACUUCACUUAAUCUUGGGGCAAAAGUGGGUAAAGAGGGUCCUAAAAUGGGUCUCCCUCUUCCUGACCUGAGUGGGAGUGCCACCCUGCUGUGUCCAACUGGGCCCAGCUACCCGAUGGACGGUGACCCCACUCCUCUACCCGCAGGAGACAGCCCACAGGUCCUGUUCUACCUGUGCAGGCCCCUCUUGGCCAGAGUCUCUAGCCUGCAGCCUUCCUGCUUCUGUGGUUUGGGCAAGUGGGUCUCUCACAUCGCUCCAUUCCGGUUCCCUCUGCCCGUUAACUCCCACUUACUGAGUUAAUAGAGUGAGUUAACAGAUGGGACUAGAAACCAGAAGAAUCCAUGUGCCUAAGGUCAUACCCUUAGAAAGUGCAGUCUGGGUUCUGUACCCAGCGGGAAGAAUUCCUGCAUCUGUUCCUUCCACUUCUUCCAGCCUAGCUGCCUCCGCCCCUCAAUAUACCAGGAGCCAGAACACAGCUGUCUCUUCGUGGCUCCCCCCACCCAGGCCAGCUAUCCUAGGGUGGGACUGAGCUCAGUGGGGGCAGUCUUGUAGUGUCCGGUGACACAGCAGUGUCCCUGCAGGCAAAUUCAGCCAGAGAUUCAUUCUGAACCACGGUUCUGACUGGUGAGAGCUACUGCUGAUCGUCACUGACCCAGCCAUGCCCGCUCCACUGCUCCCACUGCUGCUGCGAACGCUGCUGUCCCGCCUGCUGCUGCCUGCUGCCCGCCUGGCCCGCCGGCACUUCCUGCCCCUGCUGCGCCAACUGGCCCGCCGCCUAGGCUCACAGGAUGUUCGCGAGGCUUUGCUGGGCUGUGUGUUGUUCAUCCUCAGCCAGAGACACCCACCUGACGCGGAGGAGGCCUCCAGAGUGGCCGACCAGGAGAGGCGGGAGAGGCUAGCUCCCCUCAAAUGAGGCCGCGAUCCCUGACAUUGGCUGUAUCAUCGAAAGCCCUUCUUUUGGAGCAUGAUAGUCCCAGCACCGUCACACAGCGCAGCCUACCCAGUGUGCGGAAGACACGGUGCGGGGGGGUACUGAGCACAAGAAGGGUCUGACCGGCAAUGCCUCCCCACUGCCAGCAGGAAUGACUGCAAGGAUACCCAGCAUCUAGCGGGCAUAAAACUGAUCAUUACCCCCUCCCUGAAUUCCUCCUCCAAGGACACCUUUCCUACUCACAUCUGGUUCUAGGGAAUGGAGGAAGUGACUCUCCUCCCCCAGCCUCAAAUGGUGACAUGAGAUCCAGGGAGGGACAGGGCUUACACAGGCAAAAAUGACAAUGUAUUUGAGAG